AUGUUGACUGAUUGCGCACCAGGAUUUGACUCUUACUUUGACUGUAUCCUUGAAAUUUUAUAUGGCUCAUCGACAAUAGGGCUUGAUCCUGUUAUACGUCAUUUUACAAGUGUUGCUAAAUAUAAUGUUCCAAAUGGCAAACAAAUGCGGGGUCGAUUAUGUGUUGCAUCAGCUAAAUAUUUUUUGAAUAGGGAGAUCUCGGAGGAUGUUCUUAAGUCAAUUAAUCUUGUUGGAUGGGCUAUUGAAUUUUUGCAAGCAGGUUUUCUUGUCCACGAUGAUAUAAUUGACGAGUCACCUAUGCGAAGAGGAAAGCCGUCGUGGGGUCUUUCACAGCAAAAGGAGGGUCUUGGGUUGAUCGGCAUCAACGAUGGACUUCACUUGUUUAUGUCUGUUCAGCAAAUUUUGAUGUCUGCUCUCACUAACCCUCAGCAUUCUCGGUGUAUUGAUAUCAUUAAACUCUUCGGUGAUUGUGCCAAUGCGACUUGUUUUGGGCAGGCUUUGGAUAUUCUCGGAGAUAUUGGCUUUCAUCCAUCCAUUUCGAAAGGUCUUUCAGGAGCCAAAUUAUCUGAAACUCAUCAAAAUCGACUCAGAGAUAUCACCUUGGACCGAUAUGCUCUAAUCUCGAAAUGGAAAACUUCCCAUUACAGUUUUGUUCUUCCGGUACUUGCUGGGAUGCUUUUGGCUGAUGUUAAGAGUGAAACCCUUUUCUCCAAUGCAAAGUCAAUUCUUUUCGAAAUUGGCGAAUAUUUUCAAGCUCAAGAUGACUAUUUGGAUGUUUACGGUGAUGCGAGUGUGACAGGCAAAGUCGGCGUGGACAUAGCUGAUGGAAAGUGUAGUUGGAUUAUUGCUAUGGCUUUAGAAAUAGCAUCCGCUGACCAGAGGAAUAUUCUUAAUGUGAGCAACAUUUCGUUUCCUUUGCUUUAA